AUGUCCGCUCGGUCACAGCUGAUCACAUAUAAACAGGGAAAUGCCUGUUAUCUGCAUUUUCUCCUCACGAGCUGUCACGCUGACAGCUCAAGAGGGGACAUAUACACAGAUCAUCAGAGCACUGAUGAUCAGUGUGCCCUGAUGAUCUGUGUAGCCCCAGCAGUGCCACCUGUCAGUGUCCAUCAGUGCCAGCUGUCAGUGCUCAUCCAUGCCACCUGCCAGUGCCACAUCAGUGCCACAUUUCAGUGCCUACCAGUGCACAUCAAUGCCACAUAUCAGUGCCCAUCUGAGCUGCCUCUCAGUGUCACCCAUCAGUGCCAGUCAGUGCCACCUAUCAGUGCUGCCUAUCAGUGUACAUCAGUGCUCCCCAUCAGUACCGCCUAACAGUG